UCUUUUGAGAUGUUAUUCUGUUUGGGUUGGUGAAGAAUACAUUGUUUGUUUUUAAUCGUAAACAUUGCUUCUGAGUUGUUCACCCAAUGGAUUACAAAUUCUACCUAAUCUGGAGCAAUCAUUGACUUAGCAUACAUUGCCUCAGAAUUUUAUAUUCAAGAGGUUUAUCAUGACGAAAAACAAUGACGGGCUAUUGGGAUUGGAGGCGUUUGUGUGUCAAGUAAAUACAAACAAAUGAAGCGUUUAUUGGAAAUCUUGAAAUUAUGAAUAAUACCAUGAUUGACGAUAAAGAACUGAUUAAUAUUUGGUUUCAUUCCUUCCUCAUUCAUUUUAAGCGAAAGCCAUGCACAAAAUACGAGAAUCAGCACGGAAUAAAACAUAUCAGAGCAAAUUUGGCCAAGAUGCCUGGUGCUAGAUCUACGAUGAAACGAAGGAGUCAGCAAUUAAACAGUGCGAACAAUGUCAUUGCAUCAGAGCAAAGAAAAUUGGAAAGAGAGUGGAUGAGACUGGAUAAAGCAUUCAAGAGUAGAAACAGGCAAAUAGUGCGAUACACGCAUACUCUUGAAGAUGAGCUGACUGAAUACGAGAAUGAAAAAAUUAAAAACAGUAAGGAGUCCCGGCCUUAUAAAGGAUCUGAAUUAUUGGAAAAUAUGGACGAUAAUCUAACGCCGUCAAAGAAACAAAAACAUGCAAUAGACGUACCGAAUGCAAGACCUGUAUCUGCCGUUGUGUGCAAAGCGCGGCUUGCACUCCGCAAAAUAGACUUGGCAAGAGAAAAUUUAGAAAAGAAAAAAAGACUUAAAGAAUUUGUUAAGGCAUUCCAUGGGAUCAACCCAGACACAUACAUGGGGUCGUGUACUGCAUUGUCCACUGGCAGAACGAAUCUCAGACGACAUAGCGUCUCAAGUCUGCCUUCAACAAUCAUAAGUGACAGAGAUCUAAUGGGUCAUCCAAAAUCCCGUAAACCAAUUGCAGUAGACAAGAACGGUAACACUAAAACAACAGCGAAGGAAGUACAGUCCAAAGAAGCAAACGAUUUUAAUGAAACUGCGUCUAUAGAGAAGUCCAUUGAUGCCGAAGUGCAAUCUGAAUCGGUGAAAAAUUACGAACGAUCUUAUGUUUCUGGUUUUCAAAUUCAUAAAAAUGACAGUAAUAACCAUGCUUUUCUGCAUCAAGGGAGUGACACUAAACUGCAAGAUCAAACACUAGAAGAGGUAUUUAGUAGAACCUAUGACAAUCACCAAGAUACGUUGGAUGCAAUUAACGGGAAUGAGCCGAUAAUUGGGGCUGAGUUAAUGGCAAAAUCAUCGAAACCUCCUGAUGUAGAUGAUACAGCAAACGUUAGUGAAAACGAUAACUUGCCGAAGCAAAACGCCUCGGUCGAUCAAGAGGUGGAUGAAAUGACUAAAGAUGUCAAAUCGUUGAGAAUGUCGGACGAUUUGGCAAGUUACAAUCGGGGCAAAAACCAUAAAAAGUUGCUGAAGCGCAGUAAUACUAUUGAUGCAAUGGACAUAUCUCGCCUGUGUGUGCAUGACGAUGAACUUAAUGAAGUCAAUAUCAUUAUAGAUUCAGCGGGACAUCUCCCGUCUGCACUGUCUCAAGAGCUCUCUGCAUCUAUUGAUUCCUUGGAUACCAUAGAGGAAAAGGACUCUACAUCCAAACGAACAUCCAUUUGGACACAUGGCAAUGACGAAACAUGCAAUUUUAGGAAGACGUCCAUUGCUUUCAUGAAACAAGGGCCAAUCAAACAACCAAGCAGAGAACAAUCGAAUGGUCGUCCAUUCGGUAACCAAACAUAUCCACAAACGACUUCAAAUAAGGGGAAAUCGGUUACAGUGUCUAAACUCAUAAACUCGUCUCCAAACGCAAAAACCAUCAAUACAUCCGGUGGGAAUGGAGUAUCACUACCAAAACUCGGAUCAAAUCGGGAAAGACGUCCAUCGCUUAGUCGCCUAGUCUCCGAUACGGAUGAACAAUCAUUCGAAAAUGAGGAUAGUUUUAAGCCAUUGCGCAUAGAGGCACCAAAAUUAAAGGGAAUACCCUACCAUACGGGCAACAGAGUGGGCGCUAGAAGGAACAGUAUACAGCUACAGCAUAUGUUAGAAGAGAUGAGGGAGCACCGAUCUAUGGCAGAACUUAUUCAGAUGAAAAACAAUAAAUAGCUAUCCAUAUAUGGAAUAAUAAUAUGUAGUAUUAUAUACCAUAGUAUCCAUGACAAUUUUUGUUUGGAUCAAAUGCACGAAUAUAAUCAUUCAUUGAGGCCUACAACAUUGUCAAGUUAAAUUGAUCUAGUUCACAUUAAAUAUGAAUUAUUAAGAAACUUAUAUUACUUUAACAAAUAAAAUCCAGAAUAACAAAAGAUUUAAAGCGACUUCACCAAAAGUUCAUGUCUGUGUACGAUCUAUUGAGAGCAGAGUAGGUUGACGUCAAAGGUAUCUCACAUGUUUGUGGAAAUACAUACGGACAUACAAACAACCAUAUAAGGUCUCCAAAUGUCAAUGUCAAAUGUCAAUUACUUUGUAUAUUUACCUUUUUUGAAAUCAUGUUAAUAACAAACAUUUGAAA